AUGGCCAAGAAAACCCUCUCUUCUUCUCAAGCUUCAUCUCAAAACUCACAUGCACACAAAACCCUUCCAGAUCCAACACAAACAACACUCUCAUCUCAAUCUCAACCACUACAAAUCCAACCACUUCCCACUUCAAACUCUCUCCGCCCUGACCGUUCCAAGAAACCCACACCCCUCACCAUCGCUGAAUCCUCCAAAAGGACCCAGAGAAUCUGCUUCACUCCCGACAAUGUGUUGCUCAUUCUUAAAUCCCUUUCAGAUUUCAAAUCCAAAACGGGAAAAGACCCAGUCAAACACCUCACUGAUUUUCAUGAUUCAUUGAAAAGUUCUCUCAAGAUCAAAACUACAGAAAGGAAACUCGGAGAGAAGAUUCGGGUGUUGAGGAUCAAGUUCGAGAAGCAACGUCAAUAUAAUCAAGUUGAAGGAAAAGAAAAAUCACCCAAGAUGGAUAAUGCUACUAAGAAACUGAUGCUGGAAGAACCACCCAAGAAGGAAAAUGCUACUAAGAAACCAUCAAUAUCGAAGAAAUCGAGACAUGCUGCUUAG